UGUACCAAUUAGCAUUCUUCAUAAGCCCUAAAACUCUACCAUCGCAGAGCUGCCGAGAGACACGGAGAGAUGGCGAAAUCGAAGAACCACACGGCCCACAACCAGUCCUACAAGGCACACAAGAACGGCAUCAAGAAACCCAGAAGGCACAGGCACAUUUCCACCAAAGGCAUGGAUCCGAAGUUUUUGAGAAACCAGAGGUAUGCAAGGAAGCACAACAAGAAGGACGGUGGUUCUGCAACUGAGGAAGAGUAAAUUAAUGAUGGUUGGGACAAUAUCUUGUUGGAGUUUAGAUUAGUUAAUUUAAUUUCCAUGUUUUUAUCUUGAAGUUUACUUCGUCUUUUUCUGAAUUAUUGACUACGUGGGUGAGUAACUUUUUUGUGUCCAAGAUUAAUACUACAUCUUGCUGUAGGAUUUAUCUCCAGAAUGUUAUUUGCUUGCAAUUAGCAGCAUUGCCUUUUGAAUUUUAAUAAUUUCUAUCAUGUUGAA